AUGCGCGCCGUCAUCAUCCCCGAGACAGGCGAUUCCAAGGUCCUGAGGCUGUCCGACAACACGCCCAAACCGGCAGCAGGACCUACAGAAGUCCUCGUCAAACUGGAAUACGCCGGAGUCAACUUCAUCGACGUCUACCAACGGACAGGCCUGUACAAGCUUGAGCUGCCUGUUAUUGCCGGUCGUGAGGGGGCUGGACGGAUCGAAGAGAUUGGGUCUGAUGUGCCGGCCGAAUACGACCUGCACGUCGGCGAUGCGGUGGCCGUAUUUGCGCAGGGGGCGUAUGCCGAGUAUAUUGCCGUUGCCGCGUCGGGGGUCAUGAAACUGCCGCCAAACGUGCCGGUCAAGGACGGGGCCGCGUUGAUGCUCCAGGGCCUCACGGCAUGGACCAUGGUGAAGGACGCACACGAGGUGAAGCCGGGCGAGCAGAUUCUCAUCCAAGCCGCGGCCGGCGGCACGGGGGGUCUUCUGGUGCAGAUGGCCAAGCAUCUGGGGGCGACGGUCAUCGGGACGGUCUCGAGCGAAGAGAAGGCGGCGGUCGCAUUCGGCCACGGCGCGGACUAUGUGAUCAACUACACCCAAUCCAACGUGCUGGAGGAAGUGAUGAAGAUCACGAAUGGGGCGGGAUGCCACGCGGUCCUCUCGGGGAUCGGAAAGGCCACCUUUGCAGACGACCUGGCUUGCACGAGGAGAAAAGGCACGUUCGUAACGUACGGCAAUUCCAGCGGCGCGGUCGAGGGCUUCCGCCCGCUGGAGCUGAGCAAGAAGAACGUCAAGCUGGUGCGGCCGACGCUGGGAAACUACAUCACCGAGCGGGAGGAGUUCGUCACGCGGUCGCAGGAGAUGUUGGACCUGGUCUCGCGCGGCAUUCUCAAAGUCGCAUAUGGGAAGGAGUAUGAUAUGAACAGCAUCGGCAGGGCGCAGGAUGAUCUGGCCGGGAAACAGACGACGGGAAAACUCAUUGUCAAGAUUCAAUAG